AUGACCCCGCCGGCGGACUCUUCUACGAAUGAAACGAACAACACAGGCACUAGCGUAAGUACACCACAUCUGAACAAUCAGUCGCAAUCUCGAAGCAACUCUGAAACCAUGACUUGCGAACGACAAGCCAGAAACAAACUAACAGCAAUACAGUCCACCCCGCAGCCCACCAACCGUCACUUCAACCAUUCCAUCAGCCUGGCUAAGAACGAGUCUCUCAACCAAACCGCCAACUCACCAACUCACCAGCCCCCGACCGAUUUUUCCUCUCCUUUCCUCCCACCAGUCACACUGACGCCCGCACCGCCACCUCCAUCUUCGCCCCCCGCAACCACCAACGCCCAAAUAGCCUACCUCCUCUCCAACCUCCUCACCCACGUCCUGCAAUCAAACCCACACCUCCUCCCCUCCUCCCCACCCACCACCACCACGCGCCUGACCAGCACACCCAUCAACGACAUCGCGCACGCCAUGUGGAAUGUCGCUUUCGCUCAUGGCGACCUGUUGCAGCGGGCAUGCCAGUACGGCGCCAUGUUUUCGCCACUGAAGCUUGCGGCGCUUGCGAAACUUAAUUUCCUGCCCAGUUGGUGGUUUUUUCGCGAUUUGGCAAUAAAGGGGCUGCAGGAGAGGGGGUGCAAGGUGGAUGAUGCGGAGAUGGAGGGGACGUGGCAGGAGGCUGUGGGGUGGUGUGUUGAGGUUAAUGGGAGGAGGGGUGGGGGGGUUAGAGAAGGAGGGUAA